AUGCUGUCCAAGACCUCACUUGCUCUGAUUGGGGCUGCCGUGGUGGCUGCACACAGCAGCCAUGGCCCUCAGAGUCCGAUCUCGGGACCCCAUCAGUCUCUCUGGUACAAUACUAUACCCGGCGAUGGAGGCACACAGGCCGACUCUGUCUUCUCCGGCAUCUCGACCUUCGGGCGUCUGCCAUAUGCCCAAUGCCUGUCCCCUCAGAGCGAUGCGAAAUAUGACAUCGCCUUCAUUGGUGCCCCUUUCGAUACCGGUACUUCAUACCGCCCAGGAGCACGUUUCGGCCCAUCUGGCAUCAGGCAGGGGUCACGAAGGUUGAACCUCUACGGAGGAUACAAUGUUCCCCUCGACACGAACCCGUUUAGCAGCUGGGCCUCUGUGCUCGAUUGCGGCGAUAUUCCCGUGACUUCGUAUGACAACACAUGGGCUCUUCACCAGAUCGAAGAGGGUCAUUACAGUAUCCUCUCCCGCGACCCAGCCACCGACGCUGACAAGUUCGGCCCGGCAAAGAAGGGUAAGACCCUGCCCAGGGUGAUCACGCUCGGCGGAGACCACACCAUCACGCUGCCCCUGCUGCGGUCUAUCAACAGGGCCUACGGGCCUGUGUCUGUCAUCCACUUCGACUCCCACCUCGACACCUGGCGCCCCAAGGUCUUUGGUGGCUCGCCGUCUGAGGUCGCCAGCAUCAACCACGGCACCUACUUCUACCACGCUGCCCAGGAGGGCCUGCUGAAGAACGACUCGAACAUCCACGCCGGCAUCCGGACAACACUUAGUGGGCCCUCGGACUACGACAAUGAUGGCUACUGCGGCUUCCAGAUCGUUGAGGCCCGUGAAAUUGACACCAUUGGCAUUGAUGGGAUCAUCAAGAAAAUCAGGGAGAGAGUCGGGACCAAGAACCCCGUGUAUCUGAGUAUUGACAUCGAUACUCUGGAUCCUGCUUUCGCCCCUGCCACGGGCACCCCAGAGACUGGCGGUUGGUCUACGCGCGAGCUCCGGACCAUCCUGCGCGGUCUCGACGGCAUCAACCUCAUUGCUGCUGACAUCGUCGAGGUUGCCCCCGCAUACGACACGAAUGCUGAGCACACGACCAUGGCUGCCGCCGAUGCUCUGUACGAGGUCAUGUCGAUCAUGGUGAAGAAGGGACCCCUGAGUAAGACUGUGGAACAGGGCAAGGAGCCGGAGUUGUAG